AUGUCUUCCUUAAGUGGGAAAGUCCAAACUGUUCUGAGCCUUGUGGGGCCAAGCAAACUGGGCUGCACCCUGACCCACGAACACUUGACAAUGACUUUUGACUGCUCUUACUACCCACCUCCUCUGUGCCGUGAAGUGAUCUCCAAUGAACCUAUUACAAUGAAAAAUUUAUUUUGGAUCCAGAAAAACCCUUAUUCCCAUAGAGAGAAUCUGCAGUUGAAUCAGGAGACAGAAGGCAUCAAGGAAGAACUGUUGGAUUUUAAAGCCCAAGGUGGAGGAGCUUUGGUGGAAAACACAGCCGCUGGGAUCAGCUGAGAUGUGCAGACCUUGAAGCGGAUUGCAGAAGAGACUGGCGUCCACAUCACAUCCGGAACUGGGUUUUAUGUGGAUGUAACUCGCUCUUCAGAGACCAGAGCCAUGUCAGUGGAGCAGCUUACUGAUGUCCUUGUUAAUGAAAUUCUCCAUGGAGCUGAUGGAACCAGUAUCAAGUGUGGCGUUAUUGGGGAAACUGGUUGCUCCUGGCCUCUGACUGAGAGUGAAAGAAAGGUUCUACAGGCAACAGCUCACGCUCAGGCUCAGCUUGGCUGUCCUGUUAUUAUUCACCCGGGAAGGAAUCGAAGUGCACCAUUUCAGAUUAUCCGAGUGCUGCAAGAGGCUGGAGCAGACACCUCCAAAACAGUUAUGUCACACCUUGAUAGGACUCUCCUUGACAAGAGGGAACUACUGGAGUUGGCUCAACUUGGCUGUUACUUGGAAUAUGAUCUCUUUGGUUCUGAACUUUUCCAUUAUCAGUUCAACCCGGAGCCCAAUGAUAAUAAAAGAAUUGAAAGGGUACGUCUUCUGGUGGAUGAGGGCUAUGAAGGUCGGAUUCUGAUGGCACAUGACAUACACACGAAGCAUCGGCUGACGAAAUACGGAGGUCACGGCCAUUCUCAUAUACCUACCAACACUGUUCCUAAAAUGUUGUUUAGAGGCAUAACUGAGGCUGCACUUGAUAAGAUACUGAUAGAGAACCCCAAGCAAUGGCUAACUUUCAAAUAG